ACGUAAUAGUUUCGUAUUACGUAAUUUCGCGUAAUUACGCCUUCAUUACGCGAUACUAGACUUUCUUUCAUAUACCUAAUUAACAUGUAAUUUCGCGUAAUGCUCCCCCAUAAGUGAAAGAAAGUGUUGCGCGUAAUUAUGCGUAACGUAACUCUAGCUGGUCUUAAUUGGGAUAAAUAUUUUUUCUUAUAUCAGAUUGUAAUUGAAACCUUUUUUCAAUCGAAACCCAAAAAUGCCCUGCGAGUGUUUCAAUGAAGAGACAUCAAUUGUGGCGAAUGGUGUGAUUGCUUGGUUUCUCCCAACUGCCGCAUAUCUUCUAUCCCCAAGUGUUGCUACUAUUGCGAGCGGGUUCUUUGCCAGUGUUUUGGGUAGCUUGAUCCACAAUCUUCUCAUAGGAGUACAGUCUUACAUGAUCAGGACUGUUGCACUUGGAUUUUUCUUCUUUAUUGUUAUCCCUUUUAUGAAGGGAGUGUUUCUUAGUACUGGGCUAAUGACCAUAGCUACAGAUCCCAAUAUCAUCUCAGCAAGAUCUUUUCAAGAUGAUUGGGAUCCAUUUGAGAUGUUGCAGGAAGGUGGCGUUGUGCAUCUUCUUCAGUUCCUUGUUCAGCACUUUCAUGAUAUUUUCAGUAUGGAGAACAUGGUGUUCAAUUAGUUAACUAGCUGACAUCUUUUACACAAGAAAUAUGUUAAUUUAUUUAAUAAAAUUGCUUUUUAGAUCUGA